AGUUUUGCCUUCGGUUACAAUGCACCAUUGCCUAACAGAAUUAUAAAAAAAAAUAGAAAAAUGAUGGGAUAUAUUAUAUUAACAGUAAGAAGUAUGUCAUGGAUGCUUUUGACGCUUAUGGCUACUCUGAUGAUAUACAGCGCCCUCUUGAAUCCCUCCUGGCUGACAGCAAAGCCGCAGAUGGCUACAUUCGAAAACGAAACUAUCUCGUAUACGCCAAGCGUGGGAGUGUACGCUAAAUGCAUUAAGCCGAUCAGUUUGAACCAUCCUUCUUGCACCUUCAUUGGGAUCGAUGGAUUGGCCACUGACUCGGAAAUUUAUCCCACCGUCUGGAAAGCUGCAACUUUAUUUUUAUAUUUUGGUUUAUUCAUCAUGUCCAUAACAGUGGUGACAAGCAUAAUAAGCUGUUGCUUUCAAAGCAUAUUCAGAAAGAGCAUAUUUACUUUGUCAGGAGUAGCACAAGGUGUAGCUGGUAUAUCGUUUAUUGUGUGCGUAAUGUUGUAUCCAAUGGCAUGGGGCACGACGAGAGUUCAAAAACUAUGCGGGAGAGACGCAUCCCCAUUUUACAUAAACGAUUGCAGCAUAGGAAAUGGUCUGUACGUGGCGGUAUUUGGAACUCUACUUACCUUCGCUUGCGCAUGUCUCUCGCUACCCGCUGAAAAGUCCACGAGCAGCGACAAGGUCCAGGACGAAAUUUUCAAGGGCCGAAGGUUUAUUUGUUUAAAAUAAGAUCGUAACUCCUCACUAAAAUUACGCCGAACUCUUUGGCGACCUUCUUCAAGUCUUCCACGUCCCUCACUCCCCAUUCGGGGUUUUGCCUUUUCAACCCGGCAUCAAACUGAACGUUCGAUUGCGGUUCGAGGACCCCGUUGACCGCGUAAGGGCCGUACGUGAUUAUUUUGCCGCCCUGCUUCAAAACCUUGCCGCCGUUUCGGAAAAACCCCACCGAGCACCCGAACGGCGUUAUGUGAAACAUGUUGACGUUGACGAUGUAAUCGAACGGGUCCGCGAAGAAAAACUCCUUGGUCACGUCAAUUUGCUGAGGUUGAUGCACGUUUUUCGUGGGUGCGUCGUCGACGUACGUUUUUAUGCUGUCCAACAGCCGCGUGUCGUAUUCGGACGGUUGAAACGUGUAGUUGGGAAAAUGCGCGGCAAAAUAGACAAUGUGUUGCCCAGUGCCCGAAGCGAUCUCCAGAACGCUUCUUUCUCCUUCGCAGUCGAACUCGCGUUUAAGCACCUCGAGGAUGAAGGACUU